CCGGAAGUGACGCUUUGGGGGUUUGACUUCCCGCCGACCCGGUGGACAUUAGUGAAGGAGGUCCCGGCCCCGGACCCGCACGGCAAUGUGAGGAGAGACGAAGAUGUUUACUGAUGGGAUUAGUGAGGACUGAGCUGCUGACAUGUGUGCUGCCUGUCCACCCCAAUCUCCAGCAGUGGCUAAGACAGAAAUCACAUUGGAUGGAGACUCACCAUUGCUUGCUGCUACUUUUGCUUACUGGGACAAUAUACUUGGUCCGAGAGUCAGACACAUUUGGGCCCCAAAGUGUGAACAGCUAUUGCUGAGUGACGGAGAAAUAACUUUUUUGGCCAACCACACAUUAAAUGGAGAAAUCCUGAGAAGUGCUAAAAGUGGUGCUAUCGAUGUGAAGUUUUUUGUACUCUCAGAGAAAGGAGUGAUCAUAAUCUCAUUGAUAUUUGAUGGCAAUAUGAAUGGGGACCGCAGCACUUAUGCUUUGUCAGUGAUACUGCCUCAAACUGAACUGGGUUUCUACCUACCUCUACACAGGUUAUGUGUAGACCGUCUAACACACAUUAUUAGAAAAGGAAGGAUAUGGAUGUACAAGGGUCAGAGCAUUAUAUCGUUUCUAACUACAGAAAUCACACCCAUCAUGGAAUUAUUUUCAUCCAUGAAAACACAUGGUGUCCUAGAAGAAGUUCAGAUUAAGGAUACUGUUUUGAAUGAUGAUGAUAUUGGUGAUAGUUGCCAUGAAGAUUUUCUGCAUAAAGCGAUUAGUUCCCAUCUGCAGACAUGUGGAUGUUCUGUGGUUGUCGGAAGCAAUCCAGAAAAAGUAAACAAGAUGGUUCGCACGUUGUGCCUUUUCUUGACUCCAAAUGAACGAAAGUGCUCUCGACUUGCUAAUGCCAGUGGUUCUUUCAAAUAUAAUUCGGGACUCUUUGUUCAGGGCCUUUUGAAGGAUGCUACUGGUAGCUUUGUACUGCCUUACCGUCAGAUUAUGUAUGCUCCGUACCCAACCACACACAUCGAUGUUGAUGUUAACACAGUGAAGCAGAUGGCCCCAUGCCAUGAACAUAUUUAUAACCAGCAGAACUAUAUGAACAUGGAACUUGUCACACUUCAGAAGACUGCGUCAGAAGAAGUAGUAAUUCCUGAUACCAUAAUUCACAUGGAUGAAAGUUUCACCCCUAACCUGAAUAUAUUCCAGGAUGUGAUGAAUCGGGACACAUUAGUGAAAUCAUUUUUAGAUCAGAUUUUUCAGCUCAAGUCUGGUUUGUCCCUCAGAAGCAUUUUUCUGGCACAGUUCCUUCUCGUCCUUCACAGAAAAGCCCAGACAGUGAUAAAAUACAUAGAAGAUGAAACCCAGAGGGGUAAGAAGCCUUUCAGAUCAUUACGAAACCUGAAAAUUGACCUUGAUCUUGCAGUGGAGGGUGACUUAAGUAUUAUAAUGGCCAUGGCUGAGAAAUUAAAACCAGGCCUUCACUCAUUUAUCUUCGGAAAAUCUUUCCACACAAGCAUACAAGAACGUGAUGUACUGAUGUCACUUUAGAGAGAAUUUAUGUAAAUUGUAUUUUACAUUAAUGUGAAUAAUAAUUUGCCUGUUUCUUGAAAAUGUCUAAUUGAGUCUAAAUAUUAAUUUAAAAAUCAGUGUCAUACAAGAAUACAGAACUUCUAUUUAACACAAUGAUAUUGAGACAAGUUAGGAAAUAAAUUUGAUUGUUUACAGUGUAACUAAAGUUCUCAGCAUUUACCUUUUGAUGAUAAUAUUUGGGUACAUGUUAAUUUCUCUGAAAACAUUAGUUCAAUAUUUCUAAAUUAAUUUAACCUCAAAAUGCUACCUUGAAAUAUUUUGUUGCAAAUUAGAUAUUUAAUCACUAAUUUCAUCAUAGCUAAAUGUUGUUUUGUUUUUGCUUCAGUUGUAAAACAUGAUAUCUCAUCCAUAUCCAUUUGGCUUACUGGUUUCUAUGCCAUGUAAUGGGUCUCAACCCUGUGAGUCUGUUUUGCUAGUAUAUUAGCUUGCAAACAUUUUUAAGCAUUUCCCUUUAAACUGAACCUGCAUGUUACUGCUCUUAUUCACCCUCAUAGUAACUCUGUAACUCAGUUACUAGGCUUGAAAAUACUCAACAGAAGCAAAACUGCUACACAAUAUUUCAACUUCUUAGCAAAUUAUGAUUAUUUAAGUUGGCCAAUAAAUUGGCUGUGUGGGAUAUUUUACUAUAUAAACCUAAAGAGCCCACAGCCUUUGUCAAAGCUGUAGACCAACCACAGCCUCAACCCAGAUCACCAGCAGGCUGGCUUGCCAAGGUGUUUGACUGGCAACUGAAAGGUGAUCUUGAUAAGCAACUUGAGUACCAUGAAUUCAUCAUGUCAUCAUCACUGAGGCCUGACAUGGUCAUUCUAUCAGAAACCUCGAAGCAGGUAGACAUGGUGAAACUGACAGUGCCUUGGGGAGACUGGAUUGAGGAGGCAUUUGAGUGUAAGAAGGCCAAAUUCCAGGAGCUGGUAGAGCACAGUGUUGGACAGCACAAUGCGAGCCUGUAGAAUGAGGUGUAAAGGUUUUGCUCUACAGAACCUACUUUCUUCUUGGCAAAAAAAAAGAACCAUCACGACUGUCACAAAGGCUGUUGAGCGAGCCAGGUGGCUUUGGAUCAAAAGGUGUGACCGGUGGAUGAAUGCUGCUGGGACAGAAACCAAGACCUGAUAACCCUGGCUAGGUCACCUGAGUAAGGAUGUCUAAUGUUGAAAGACCCAAAGUACCCGAUGGCUCCAGUUUACAUCACUGUUGAUGUGUUACAAUGCACCUAAGGGUGCAUCUCAGUAUCAAUAAAUGCAAGUCGUUAUCAUGAUUAGGUUUUGCAGAUUUUGGCAUUCAUGGAAGAAAGCUGCCUGAACAGUCUGGUAAUCACUGGUGUGAACAAACUGUUUUCCCACAUAGUUCACCAUUAGAAGCCAUUCAAAAGGAAUAUUUAGCUAAUAGUUAGAAUGUUUUAUUGGGAACUUGAGCAUGUAGAACAUUAAAGUAAAUGGUCUGAAAAAUGGCAGAUAAAAUUUAAUGCAGACGUGUGAGGUGUUGCACUUUGGGAAGACCAACCAGGGUAGGGCUUAUAUGAUUGGUAGGGCACUGAGGAGGGUGAUAGAACAGAGAGAUCUGGGAAUACAAUCCAUAAUUCCUUGAAAGUGGUGUCACAGGUAGAAAGGGUCGUAAAGAAAGCUGUUGGCACAUUGGCCUUCAUAAAUCAAUGCACUGAGUACAGGAGUUGAGAUGUUUUGUUGAAAUUGUAUGAGACAUUGGUGAGGUCUAACUUGGAGUAUCACAGUUUCUUCUGUUAAAAGGUCAUAUCACAAAGUUGCAUCUUAGCAAAGCAAAGUACAGUGCCUAUAAAAAGUUCGCCACCUUAGAAGUUUCCAUGUUUUAUUGUUUUACAACAUUGGAUCACACUGGAUUUAAUUUGGCUUUUUUGACACUGAUUAACAGAAGAAGACAUUUUCAUGUCAAAGUGAAAACAGAUCUCUACAAAGUGAUCUAAAUUAAUUAUAAAUAAAAAAACAGUAUAACUGUUUGCUUUCGUAUUCAACCUCCUAGUCAGUAUUUUAGUAGAUGCACCUUUGGCAGCAAUAUCAGUCUUGAGUCUGUGUGGAUAGGUCUCAAUCAGCUUUGCACAUCUGGACACUGCAAUUUUUCCCCAUUCUUUACAAAACUGCUCAAGCUCUGUCAGAUUACAUGGGGAUCGUGAGUGAAUAGCACUUUUCAAGUUCAACCACACAUUUUCAAUUGGAUUGAAGUCAGGACUCUGACUUGGCCACUCCAGGACAUUAACUUCAUUGUUUAGGCCAUUCCUGUGUAGCUUUGGCUUUAUGCUUGGGGUCAUUGUCUUGCUGGAAAACAAAUCUCCCAAUUUGCAGUUCUCUCUGCACCAGGUUUUCCUCCAGGAUUUCUCUGUAUGUUGUUGCAUUCAUUUUACCCACUAACUUCACAAGCCUUCCAGGGCCAGCUGCAGUGAAGCAUCCCCCACAGCACGAUGCAACCACCAGCAUACUUCAUAGUAGGGAUGGUGUGUUUUUGAUGAUGUGCGGUAUUUGGCUUAUGCCAAACAGCAUUUAGUCUGAUGGCUAGAAAACUCAAUUUUGGUUUCAUCAGACCAUUGAAUCUUCUUCCAGCUGACUCCCACAUGCCUUCUGGCAAACUCCAGCUGAGAUUUCUUGUGAGUUUUUUUCAACAGUGGCUUUCUCUUUGUCACUCCCCCUUAAAAUACCAACUGGGCAAGCACCAGGGUAACUGUUGUUGUAUCUGCAGUCUCUCCCAUCUCAGCCACUGAAGCUUGUAACUCCUGCAGAAUUGUCAUGGGUCUCUUGCUGGCCCCCUUCACUAGUCCCCUUCUUGCACAGUCACUCAGUUUUUGAGGAUGGCUUGCUCUAGGCAGAUUUACAGCUGUGCCAUGUUCUUCCUAUUUCUUGACAAUUGAAUUAACUAGUCCAAAGGAUAUUCAGUAACGUGGAAAUUUUCUUGUAUCCAUCUCUGAUUUGUGCUUUUCAAUCACCUUUUUGGGGAAUUGCUUGGAGUGUUCUUUUGUCUUAAUGGUGUAGUUUUUGCCAGGAUACGGACUAGCUAGCAGCUGGACCUCCCAGAUACAGGUGCAUUGUCACUACAAUCAAUUGAAACAGCAUGACUGCACACAGAUCUCCAUUUAACUAAUUAUGUGACCUCUAAAACCAAUUGGCUACACCAGUGGUGAUUUGGUGUGUCACAUUAAAGGGGGCUGAAUAGUUAUGCAAUCAAUUAUUUUGUAUUUUAUGUUUGUAAUUAAUUUAGAUCACUUUGUCGAGAUGUUUUUACUUUGACACAAAAAGUCUUUCUAUUGAGCAGUGUAAAAAAAAAGCCAUAUUAAGUCCAUUGUGAUUCAAUGUUGUAAAAUAAUAAAAUGUAAAAACUU